CUGAUUGGCUCACCACCACCGCUGACUCCACCUGUAGCCAAUCGUCCUGGGGAGGUCCGCCCCCCCAGCAGGGACAGACCGAGCUACCGGCUGAUGUUUGGAAUGAUGUGCGGAAGGAGCGUCGGCCGCCGCAGAUCCCCGUCCGGAGCUCCCAGCAGCACAAGCACGCUCCGGCAGGAGGAGGAGCACGGUCCGGGAGGUGCGGGUUAUCUGGGUUGGGUUGGGCCGCGGGGGGGUCCAUGGCCGCUGGAGGCGCGGGGUCAGCCGCUGCCCGCCUCCUGGAGAUGCUCCCGGCCGCGCGCCGCUGGGGACGCCGCGAUGGUCUGCAGACGGAGAGCCAGAAUGCUGCGAUGGCAUCUGUGUGGGCGCCUGGGUCCAGUUUGGAUGUGGAAGGCGCUGCUACUUUUUGUAGCCAUCGCUUUCGCCGGCCAGUUACUGGGAGUCAUCUUCAACAAGGGCAGUGUCCAGCCGGCUGCCACCUCCAUCUUCUCAUCCCGUGAUGCUCUUGGGCCCUCUCUGGGAUCCUGUCAGCCUCACUCUCACAUCAUGUUCCUCAAGACCCACAAGACAGCCAGCAGCACGGUGCUGAACAUGCUGUACCGCUUCGGGGAGGAGCACGGCCUGCGCUUCGCCCUGCCGCUGGGCUACCAGCUGGGCUACCCGCUGCCCUUCAACGCCCACCGGGUCAAAGGCUACCGGGGGCCCAGAGCCAUAGAGUUCCACAUCAUGGGCAACCACAUGAGGUUUAAUAAGCCAGAGGUGGAGAAAGUGAUGCCUGCAGACACCUUCUACUUCUCCAUAAUCAGGGAUCCAGUUGUUCUGGCUGAGUCUUCCUUUGCCUACUAUAAAGAAGUAGCUCCUGCCUUCCGGAAAGCCAAAGCGUUGGGCGACUUUGCUGACGACCCCAAGAAAUAUUACGACCCUCGUGCACGCAACAACCACUACGCCCGAAACCUGCUGUGGUUUGACUUUGGCAUGGACCACAAUGCUAAUUUCUCGGUGGCACUGGCUAAACAAGGCGAGGACCUAAUCCGCCAGACCUUCAAGCUGAUUCUGGUGUCCGAGUACUUCGACCAGUCCAUGAUCCUGCUGAGACACGCCCUCUGCUGGCCCCUGGACGCCGUAGUCUCGUUUAGCCUUAACGCCCGGCAGCAGAGGCCCAGCGGCAUGGCCGGACUGCGGGGGGGCUGGAUGGGCAAGGCGGCUGCUGCAGCUGGAGUUGGGGCUGGAGGCGGGCGCUCGCAUGGCAAACCCCCCCCCAACCUGUCCCUGACCGAGGACCAGCGGCAGAAGCUGCGCCAGUGGAACGCCUUAGACUGGUUCCUAUACAAAGCCUUCAACCAGACAUUCUGGGAGGAAGUCGACAAGUUUGGGCGUUCCCAGAUGGAGCAAGAAGUAACUCUCCUCAGGCUGCGCAGAGAGGAUCUAGCCCGGGUCUGUCUGAGGGACGGGGGGAAGCCCGUGGAGGCACAACGCAUCCGAGACAAAAACAUCCGGCCCUUCCAGAGCGGACUAGUGAAGAUUCUGGGCUACGAGCUCCAGCCAGGGCUGGACAAUGCCACCAGGAUGUCCUGUCUGAGGAUGAUCAGGCCUGAGAUCCAGUACAAAGAUGUGCUGGAUUCUAAGCAGUUUCCACAGGCCCCGGCCCCCCUGGCCCGAGCAGGCCAGCAGAGCCAGGGGCUGCUGCUGGCAGCUGGGGGGCCCUUUUUUAGACCAGAGUCCUUCAGGAAAGCAGAGAAAGACAUGGGCAGGACUCUGGAGGAGGGAAAGAAAACCUGGAGUGGAAACCAUUUAGCAAGGAGCAACCAGACUCUACAAGAACAAGAAAAGAGACGGUUGAGAUAAGCUUUCAGGUGUCUUCUUUUUAGGAAUUUUAGCUGGGGAUGCUGAACAGAUGGACAGAGGACACUUCCAUGUUUUCCUGAAUACUCGUUCUGAACGUUUUUGGUGUAUUUGCAGGAUUUCUUUCUAGCUGCAGUGACGAAUGAAGCAAAAGUAAGACGUAGAUUGCAUUAGGUUCUUUGAAAGAAGAAGAUCUCUCAAAGACACAGGAAGGCCUUCAUCUAUGUGAGGGCACAUGUGUCCAUAGAUAAAGCACUCUCUGAAGGUCUAGAUAUCAGUUACUUAGCUGUCCAAAAUGAGGCUGAUGCCACCAGGCCUGUAGGGAUAUCAGCGGGGAUGCUGGCAGCGCACUGCCACUAGAAGGACACGUAUUCAUUAACAGUGUUUUCCCUUCUCCUGUCUGUGUUUUAGUGUCAUGGCAUCUUGCUGUUUACUUCUAGUUUGUGCACAUGUCUUAACUGUUUUGUUCCAGCAAAGGUGGAUGUACAUGGAUAGUGCUUCCAUUUAGAUGGAAUUAGCCAUGCCAUGCCUGGCACUGGAGGUCCUGUGCUAGAGAGGUUUCCUAUUCACAACCACUUCCUAUCACUGCUCAGAUGUUUCCAGCCUGGGCCAGCCUGGACUUCCCAGGAGCUGCAUCUUACAGAGAGCCUCCUGAGGUGGUGGAGCUCUUCCCAGAUCUCUGCUGAUUGAUUGAUGGAUGCUUAUUAUGAAGCAUGACAUUCCAAAUGUUUGGAGGAUUUUAAAGACUGUGAACUUGUUUUAGCUUCAGCGUUUAAAAACACAUAGAAUUUGUGUUGCCUGUGGCCUCACACAGGUGGAACUGUACCCACUCAUUUAUCACAGGACUCUCUAAGGAAUGAGCUCAAUCAUUCAUCAACCAAUCAGCCAUUAACCCCGGCUGCACAAGCACCGCCAUUUUUAUGUCCUGCUGCGCCAAAAGAGGUGGAGCUGUGAGGACCGCUGACUCACACCGCCCUGAGGAGCACCACCACACACACACACACACACACACACACACACACA